AUGAACUUUGAGCAGCCCUCUUUUUUUUUUUUUUUUAUUUUGCACCGCGUUUGUUUCUGGUGGAUUCGUUUCGCUCCACAGAUGAUGUCAACUGUGCAUCAAAUCCAGUGCUCUGACCCCGUCCCGAGCGACCUGGAAAUUGCCCAAAGUGCAAAACCCCAUCCAAUUAAUCGUGUCGCGGAGGCCUUUGGCAUUCUUUCCUCGGAACUCAACCCCUAUGGAUCCACAAGGGCCAAGGUGAAAACAAGCAUUCUCAAGAGGCUACAAAAUUCACCGCCUGGGAAGUACGUUGUUGUGGCGGGCAUGAAUCCGACGCCACUCGGUGAGGGCAAGAGUACCACAACUAUUGGUCUCGCACAGUCCCUCUGCGCCCACCUACACCGACCCACAUUUGCGUGCAUCCGGCAGCCAUCACAAGGACCCACGUUUGGUAUAAAAGGGGGAGCUGCUGGGGGUGGUUAUAGUCAAGUGAUUCCAAUGGAAGAAUUUAAUCUUCACGGUACAGGGGAUAUACAUGCCAUCACAGCGGCCAACAAUUUGUUGGCAGCGGCCAUUGACACAAGGAUCUUUCACGAGCGCACCCAGAGCGAUGAGGCUCUCUACCGACGUCUCACCGCCGAGCUAAAGAACUUUACACCCAUCAUGCGAAAACGGCUAGAAAAGCUGGGUAUUUCGAAGGAGGAUCCAAAGGAUUUGACCCCCCAAGAGCGGACCCGCUUUGCUCGCUUAAAUAUUGACCCCGACACCGUCUCUUGGAGGCGCGUGACAGAUGUUAACGAUAGAAUGUUGCGAGAAAUUACAAUUGGUCAAGGUAAGGAAGAAAAGGGUGUGACAAGGAAAACAGGGUUUGAUAUAUCUGUCGCCUCUGAGCUAAUGGCCAUUCUUGCUCUUUCUAAAGAUCUAACCGACAUGCGUGCUCGUUUUGGUGCUAUUGUAGUGGCGAAAAGUGUGUCGGGGGAACCGAUUACUGCGGAAGAUAUCGGUUGUGCCGGAGCCAUGACUGCGUUGAUGAGGGAUACAAUCGAGCCUACGCUCAUGCAAACACUGGAAGGUACACCUGUUCUUGUGCAUGCGGGACCCUUUGGGAACAUCGCUCACGGAAACAGUAGUAUUAUCGCAGACCAAAUUGGACUACAACUGGCCGGUCCGAAUGGAUUCGUGCUAACGGAGGCGGGUUUUGGUGCCGAUAUGGGCUGCGAAAAGUUUUUUAACAUCAAGUGUCGGGCCAGUGGACUAAAGCCAGACGGUGCUGUGGUUGUUGCCACAGUGCGAGCCUUGAAGUUUCAUGGUGGAGUGGAACCAAGCAAGGCGGGUAUUGAAAAUCUUGAGGCUGUUCGUGAAGGAUGUUCGAACCUUAUUCGCCACGUCUUGAAUAUACACAAGUUUGGUGUCCCCGUAAUUGUUGCGUUGAACCAUUUCGCAACGGACACUCCGGCGGAGUUGGAACUCGUGAAGGAACUUGUCCGAGGUGCGACAGGUGCCUUUGACGUUGUGGUGACGAAUCACUGGGCCAAAGGCGGAGCGGGCGCUGUAGAACUUGCCGAGGCUGUCAUUCGGGCGACACAGAAUGUGCAGGUGAACUUCCGCAUGUUGUAUCUGGACACGGACAGCCUCAAGAAAAAAAUUGAAAAGAUCUGCAAAGAAAUAUAUGGGGCAGCCGGUGUGGAGUAUCUUAAUGGCACAGCCGAGAAGUUGGAGGAGUUUGAACGCUGUGGCUACGGCUCGUUCCCUGUAUGCAUGGCAAAGACACAAUACAGUUUCUCUCAUGACCCUUCUUUGAGGGGCGCUCCGACAGGCUUCAUAGUGCCCAUUCGUGACGUUCGUGUCAACUGUGGUGCGAGAUUUGUCUUUCCAUUUCUUGGAGACAUUUCCACCAUGCCAGGUCUUCCCACUCGACCCGCAUUUUAUGGCAUAGAAAUUGACGGUGAGACAGGCGUUAUCACAGGGUUAUCGUAA